UUCCAAAAUGCCUAUUCCUCAAAUCUUUUGAAAUUAUUGGUUAAAGGUGAAGAUGUUAGGCUAUUUUCCCGGUUUAUCAAUUGGAUAAUUUCCCUAUAAGGAGUUGCUCGCGAUCAUUUAAAAUAGAAUCAGUUUUGGAAUUCUGACAAGAUGUGAGUAAGUGCGAAUCUAAACAAAAUUCUCCCAAAAACACGCAGUUUAUUGUUUCUAACGCAAAUCAAAUCGCAUAAGCCGUGUGCCAAAAUCAAUCGGUUACAUAAUAAAAGACGCUCCGACGUCACGUUGUGAGUGAAUCUAGAGCCGAAAAUUAUUCGGCGCCUGAGUCACAGGUCGUCGUCGAUGCCAGCUGAUAUUUUAUUUCGGGCCGUGAUUCUACGGCGAGUUGUUAUUUUAAAUAGGUAGCAACAGAUGUUUUUCAAAAAUAGUACGUAGUUGUUAUUAUUUUGCCACAUGAUGUAGGUAUCGUCUAUUUCUGAGUUUAGUGCCUUGGAAAAGCUUGUAAAGUAACCUUCGCGCUCUCGCGCAAAUGGCGAAAAUCGAUCUUUUUCGUGUACGACACUUUUCACUUAAUUCUCAAAACACACGCCAAAAAUAAGCAAAAUUAACUUGUAAUCGGGCACGAGUUCCAAAACAUGAAUUACACGAAAAGAAAAUUUCCGAAGAACGGAAUCGGAUGGUCGAGAUUUCGGAUCGAAAAACCGCAUCAUUAGGAAAUUAGAGACGAUUUUAAAAUCAUAAUGUCAACGAUAAUUCGAAAAAGAACCACUCUAACCACUUAUAUCGCAAUAUCCGAAGCGCCGCGUUACGUCACAACAACGUCAUAGUACGUAUCCGUGAAGUGGGGAUCAGUCGGGAGGGGAAACGACGUGAUAGAACGCUGCGAUUGGCUACAGCCCCUGAUUGCGACUUCCAAAUAUGGAACAGAUGCUCCAUUCAUAAAAGUAAAACGGUUCUCGCGGCGCGACCAGUUUCAGAGACACGAUUGUGUGAGGAGGUUUGAGACACAGUUUGCGUUGAGCCCGCGCACGGGCGUCUUCUCAUACUUCGGACGCAUACUCUGCACUAUCACUUGGUGAAAAAACAUCCACGCGAACCCGCGUUUCAAAUAACUGACCACGUUGGUUUUUCGACGUCCGUCGGUAAAAGUUUUUUGCGCUUUGGUGAGCGAAGGAAUUCGAUCUGUUUGUUCAAGGUGUAAAUUGAAAACAAAAAAAAGAUAUCGAAGUAAUUAGUGAAAGAGUGCGAGCUGGCGCUUCAAAAAACCCUAGUUGUCCCGUGGUAGGCGGGUCCGCAGCGAGCAUUUCCAACCCGCUGGCCAACAUGAUCAUGGACGGGCUGGAUACGCUGUCUGCACAGCAUCAGUAUCACCAUCAUCACGCUUCGGCCUUCCUCUUGACAGAGUCGGCUGCAGCGGCCGCUGCAGCUCAUCACCACUUCAACGUGUUAAGUUUCGACACGUGUUUGUAUAAGGGCAGCGGCUCCGGACAGGACUCGGACUCUAGCCCUGUCCCUGCGUCCGUCUGCUCUACCAACGAUUUAGAGACAACCUCUUCGGAACCUCAGACGGGAGACCUUAACACUCCCGUCACCACUUCUGGAGACGUACCCUCCUUCUUUGGGCCCUCCACUGUCGUCGAACCACCACCUAUUACAGGAAGCUUAGAUCCCGAAGAAUUACCAUUAGAGCAACAACAACAACAGCAGCAGCAGCAACAGUCGCAACAACUGCAGCAUUCAAACAGUCCACGCCAGUCUCCAAUUCAGGUAAAGGAACGCUGUUCUCCUCAAGAGAGCGUCCUCAGCCCUGGAGACGAAGAAGUCAACAGCAGUAACAUCAGCAUGUAUCCUGCUGGACCCUCCCAGUCGGUGAGCAACACGUCUGGGAAGAUCCAGCAACGCUGCGUGUACUCCACUGCAUCUAGUCCUACCCUUUCUGGGAUGCAAGGGAAUGGUAGCCCUUUAAGUUUAGGAAACCAGGGAAUGGCACAAUCGCCUGCUGCUGUUAAUCCAUGGCUGCUGUCCGAUUCAAACAAACCGUUGUAUCCUACAAUGUUCGGUCUUCUGGGACAGACGGGUAGUUCACAAUCUCCACAACAGCAAUAUCCGUCAGCAACACCUAGUCCUGCGGGAACGCAGUACGACGAUAGAUCCCAAGAAAUUAUGUUGAGCAUGGAGUGUGGCGGUAAUAUGGCGUUGAAGCAACCCCCGUCUUAUCCCAGUUGCUCUGCAUCGUCGGUCGCACUACAGAUGGACAUUCAUCAACAAGAGUUGGUUUAUUCUCGCGUCGGCCAACCUCUUGUCGCAAGCACGUCGAAAUAUCAGUGGGAUUCUUCCGAUUACGGUGGUUCCCAAGGACCGAGUGCGUUAGUAAUUCCGGGGCCGUCGAGUCUCGUGCCAAAACAAGAACCUUUCAGUGCGGGCUAUCCGAGUGAUAUUGGACAGCAACCUUCUAGUUCCGGGCACACAGUCAAUUUAGCGGAAUACAAUCCGUCGACGAGCAAGGGACACGAGAUUUUAUCGCAGGUGUAUCAGCAAUCGCCAGUUCCUCUAAAGUUAGUUCCAGUGAAACCGCGAAAGUAUCCGAACAGGCCGAGCAAAACCCCGGUUCACGAGAGACCGUACGCGUGUCCAGUCGAAAAUUGCGACCGGCGUUUCUCGCGUUCCGACGAACUGACGCGACACAUCCGGAUACACACGGGACAAAAGCCGUUUCAGUGUCGGAUCUGCAUGCGAUCGUUCUCGCGCAGUGACCACUUGACGACACACAUCAGGACGCAUACCGGCGAGAAACCCUUUUCGUGCGACGUGUGCGGCCGCAAGUUCGCCCGGAGCGACGAGAAAAAGAGGCACGCGAAGGUGCAUCUCAAACAGCGCAUGAAAAAAGAAGGAAAGUUGGGCUCGUCUUCUUCUUCGGGUACGUCGCAGCAGAGUCAAUCGUCGCCCCAACAACAGCAACAACAACAACAGCAGCAACAACAGCAACAGCAGCAGCACCAUCACUUGCAUCCUCAUCAACAACAGCAACACUCGGGGCAGCAUCAUUCCCAGCACAUGCAUGUCUCACACACGGUAACGAGCGACGAGUCUAUGGGAAUGCCCGUUGUUACGACAACACUGUGAGAAUUGCCCAUGGCCGAACUGGCCACUGAUUGUAUUAUUCUUCUACGCGACGACGACUGUGAUCUCGGGACGGGUGGUGCCCGACUAUUCUACGUGCGCAUAGAGUAAUAACGAACGCGAUGAUAAUAAAUAAAAGCAAAAAAUUAUCAUCAAUGUUUUCUCUCUUUUUUAUAUGUGUAUGCAUGUUGCUGGAAGAAUCGGCGAAACGAAAUACGAUUGAUCUCUUGAGGGCUUAGUGCCUACCCUCUCAGUGUGCCAUUUGUGUCGAUUAGUCUACGUAUACACACGAUAAGAUAAUAAUUUGUUAGAGUCGAAUCAAAACAAAUCAAAUACCCUGUUACAAAGUAGAAAAGAAAAACUUGCUGGGCAUUCUCAAUCGAAAAUAAAAAAAAAAUGUCUUAAGCGGAAAGGAUAUUUUUUAUAAACAUUUUGAUAACUUUAGGGCGUAUUUGGUAACGUAGACGAGAUCUUUAAUAAAAAUAAAAAUUAUCAACAUUAUAAAGACAGACUAACCAUGGCUUUAAUUUAUUAAUUUUUACUUUUCCCGAAUUAAAUAAAAAAAAA